GCACUUUUUUUUAGCCUAACCCUUAUGUGCCACCAAUACGAUAGGCUUGCUUGCUCACGAAAUUCUUCGAUAGGCAACUUAAAACCAACACGUGCACAUUAAAUCGUUACAUAGAACAACCUUAAUUUCUACCUAUAUGAUAGCAUUAAUUUGUGUUAAUAUAUAUUAUUACUAUUAUGAUCUCCGUGUCUAUAAAUAUAGGGUAAAUGCUCUUUUACUUCGCAAAAGAGACGGUCCUUCACUUCACUUCAGUUCACUAAAAUGGCAGCUGAGACUUCAUCUCCAUCCCAACCAUCCGAUAGGAAGCCUUCCGCCCUGAAAUUAUUUGGUUUUCCAUUAACUGACCACGACGAUGAAAUCCGAGACAAAACUGAAAAUUGUUUAGAGAGCAGGAAAUUCGAGUGCCAUUUUUGCCGGCGAGCCUUUGCCAACUCACAAGCAUUAGGAGGCCAUCAAAAUGCACAUAAGAGAGAGAGGCAAAGAGCGAGAAGAGCACAAUACCAUUGCGAUCGACGCUUGCUUGCAGCUGCUCCAAUUUUGAGCUCACAUGCCAUGAAAUCAACGUCGUCUUCUUCCAUUAUUUAUAAUGGAGGAUUUAUUAGAAACAUUGGUGUAGCUGCUAAAUUUAGGCCAUCGACGUCUCCCUUGCUGCUUCCAUCAACUCCUCCUCGACUUUAUGUUGCUGCGCAACCGUUUCGAGUUAUUGCUUCAACGCCAUCAUCCUUCGUUGAAUUUCCUGGUAAAUUGAUCUCUGACGAAGAUGCAGGGAUUGAUCUUUGUCUUAAACUUACGCCCUCAGUUUAGUUCUCUAUUAUAAGAGUUCAAGCAGGCAAUUUUUUUGUUUUUUAUUUUAACGUGAGUUGUGAAUUUAUUCAGCUCCACCUGUGAUAAUUAAGUCUGUCAUUAAUUCAAUAAUUUUAUAUUCAAAACGCUCCAGUAUUGAAGUUGAUGCAA